CUCUCACAAUCAUCCAAAUCCUACCCAUCCCUACAGACAUGGCAAGACUCGGAGAUAUAUUCCUUUCCUUUCUAGUCCUUUUCUUCAAUGUUUGUUCCAUUGGCACGGCAUACUUUGCCGGCCCCGCCGUUGCCAGACACUCAAGCUCCACAGAUUUCAUCAAAGCAUCAUGCAGAACCACCCAGUACCCUGCCCUCUGUGUCCAAAGCCUUGCAGCCUACGCAAGUGCAAUAAGGCAAAGUGAAAGGCAACUAGCUGAAACUGCCUUGACAGUAAGCCUAGCCCGGGUGCGGUCAGCCGCGUCUUUUGUGACAAAGCUGACUAGGGUUAGGGGGAUCAAGCCUAGGGAGUGCAGAGCUGUGAAGGACUGCAUAGAAAACAUGGGGGAUAGCGUAGACCGGCGCCAAUCGGUCCGGGAACUAGGGCAUAUGGGGAGAGCGUUUGGGCAGGACUUCAUGUGGCACAUGAGCAAUGUGGAGACAUGGGUUAGUGCUGCACUCACUGACGAAGGAACUUGCCUUGAUGGAUUUUCUGGUCGUUUUAUGGAUGGGAAUAUAAAGAAUGCUAUAAGGAGAAGAGUCAAUAAUGUUGCUCACGUCACUAGCAAUGCAUUAGCACUUGUUAAUCGCUUUGCUGCAAAACACAAGAACUGAUUUUCACAACACUUGUUUUCUCUUUGCACGUCCUGUUUAUUUCUAGCGUUUGGAUUGAAUAAAUCAAACGGGAAUCAAGAGACUGAAACAAUAGAGAUGUGGAGAAGGAGAAAAGGGGUGUGUGAAAAUCGUUUCCCGUAAAGGUUAUGUGUAAAUGUUAAAUGGAAGAACAUCUACCUUGUGUAAUAUAUGGGAUAUGUUUGGUUUGUUUUUCUUUUUCUGUUGGUUAAUUAUAAUCAGUCAUUAGUGAGAA